UUGCUCUAUGAGCUUGACGCAUUGGUGUUGCCGGACCCAUCACUACUGGACACCGAACCAUCACAAGUACCUCUGACCUAGUCUCUCUGCCUGAUCCCCUGGUUACCCUUGUCUGAGUGUGUGCAUUGCUGGAAAUAGACCUCGGACCGCUUCUGGAUUCCCACUCUGUCUCACCCUCUGGUACCUCAGCUUGUCUCUGAUCUCCUUUGCAUGAAUUUGGACUGUUCCCUGGAUUUCCCCAGCUCAGUUACACACCUCUCAAAAACACAGCCUCAAAGAAUACAAUCUGCAAGCCUCCUGGACCUACUGCUUAGAUUCUGUCGCAAACCAGAUUCAAGAAAGGUUAGUGGCCUCUAUUCUUUGUGCACAAUUAACCACUGGAUCAUACAGCUACUAACCUUUCCUCUCUCCUUUUAGUGGUUCCUGAGUGCAUUCCAGCCAGUUUCCAGUCUCUCUACACCUGCUGCUUAAAUAAAUCUUUAAAACUGCUCUUUAUGUCUCAGCUGAAUUAUCAGGUUCUACCUUUGGUGCAUUACAGGCCUUUGCAUUAAGCAAGCCAUCCUGCACGGCUGUUUGUAAUGUAGUGUGCCAGUAACAUGAAUAUUGGACUGAAUAGUUUAAUUAAUAUUUUUUUAUAUUUUUCUUUCCAUUUUUUUCACCAAGGAUUGGGAUGCAGCGUUCUACAUAGGGAUAUGAAAAGGACCUGUCUGGAGAGCAAAAAGAAGCUUGGGGAAAGAGUGGUAGGAGAAAUAAUUGUGGGGAUUCAGUGAAGGGGAAGAAGCAAAGGCCAACGGAAGUAAGAGAAAGUGGAAAAGGAUAACCUAAAGAACACAAACCUAACUGAAGCUUAAAGCUAAGGAGAAAUAGUUGCCUGCUUGAAGGACAGGAGGAACAUCUGGAUAAGUCCCCCCACAUCCUCCCCAGUUGCUGCCAGCAAGUUCUCUACCCUUGAAGGAUGGCCUCCAACUUCAUGGACAUCAUCAAACAGGGCUAUGUACGAAUGCGGAGCCGGAAGCUGGGGAUCUAUCGGCGCUGCUGGCUUGUAUUCAAGAAGUCUUCCAGCAAAGGACCCUGUCGUCUUGAGAAAUACCCUGAUGAGAAGGCUGCCUACAUCAGAGGAUGUCCUAAAGUGACAGAAAUGAGUAACAUCAAGAACAUCACCCGGUUACCUCGGGAUACCAAGCGACAGGCAGUAGUCAUUGUGUUCACAGAUGAAACUUCACGCACCUUCACCUGUGAAUCAGAGCUGGAAGCAGAGGACUGGUUCAAGAUGCUAUCAAUAGAGUGUCUUGGUUUGCGACUGAAUGACAUCAGCAUGGGAGAACCGGAUCUGCUGUCUGCUGGAGUACAGUGUGAACACUCAGAGCGUUUCAACGUGUUUCUCCUUCCCUGUCCCAACCUCGACAUCUAUGGGGCGUGUAUGAUGCAGAUAACCCAUGAAAACAUAUAUCUGUGGGAUAUCCACAACCCUCACACCAAACUGGCUACUUGGCCCCUCUGCUGUCUUCGCCGCUAUGGACGUGAUGACACUCUGUUCACUUUUGAGGCUGGACGGAUGUGUGAUGGUGGUGAAGGCCUCUACACCUUCCAGACCAAAGAGGGCGAGCAGAUCUACCAGCGAGUCCACUCCUCUACACUGGCGAUUGCUGAGCAGAGCAAAAAGGUCCUGCUGGAGAUUGAGAAAAAAAGGAGGGGGAAGUCAACCAUCCCGACGUGA